UGUGAGUGCGUUGCCCCUAUCUGAUUAGCACAGUUGCUUUUCCCUUCCCGUGGUUUUUACUGCCUUUUGCAUCACCGAAACUGACUCCGAACUUUGUCAGUUGCCGUUCUCUGCGGAUAUUGAUUUCCGUGUGCCCACCAAACGUCAUUACCCCCCUGCCUUACCCCAGGCGGCCCGAUAGCGAUCCUGUUAUUCUCCGGAGAUAUCCCGUACGAGGCAGAAAAAAGCAAUCCAUCAUGGGUUUCUUCAUUGAAGACCUUUGGUCCAGUAUAUUCACCCCCGGUCCCACUCCGACCUUGCUCAUCGCAACCAACGUCACCUUCGCUGCUCUGCAGCUCCUCCUCUUUGCGCUCCUCUUGGCAACUUACAGCAUUCACUUCUUCGUUCUCUCCUUCCUUUCCGGCGCGCUAUGGUGGUCGAUCAAUUGGUUUGCGGCGGAACUGAGGGCGAUGCAGGCCCAGGAGGCUCGGAAGGAAAAGGAAGGAAAGAAGGCUCAUGCGGACGGUAAACCGAGGUCGGGAGAUGCUAUGAGGACACCGGGGGCACUUGAUACCGACAGCGACACGGAGACUGAGGAACAACGGCAGGAAACACCUUUGCCUACAGCUGCCACAUCGGCUAGUCUUCAGCUGCCGGAGGAGCAGGGAGCCCGAAAGCGUCACAGUGUGAGCGGGGACAGCUCGGGAUAUGGAAGCACAGAUAGUGAGUGGGAGAAGGUGGAUGAUCAGACUGAGUAGGGAUCUAGUGUCCGAUCCAUUUUGGAGGAGAUUUACCCGGUCAUUCUUAAAUUGUUGUCUAGGAGUACGGAGCAGAGGCCUGAUUUGCUGCAUGUGGCUACUACGGAUGUACCUGUUUCGGAGUAUGCAAUGUGAUGCUGCAUGCAUAUCGUGUUCAUAUUCGUAUUGCGAUACCCAAUAGAGACUGCUUGUCAUAGUGAUAGGCAUACUACAUAAGCAAAACAACCUUGGUCUUGUGUCU